AUGUCGUCUUCGUCAAAUAAUGGUUCAGAUUUCCAGCUACCAAAUCGAUCCAAAAAGACCCAGAACAAAGACACGGUGAUUGUGGGGGCCGGUCUAGCGGGACUCUCCAUAGCGCUGUAUCUUUCCCAGUUGGAUCCGGAUCGACAAAUUACCAUUCUGGAUCGAGAAGAGCAUGACAUUGAAGCAAAGAAACGAACAACAAUCAGUAGCUUUGCGGCAGCUGGAAUGCUGGCUCCUCAAUCGGAACGCUUGCCCAAGGGACACUUGCUGGAUUUGUGUCUGGCCAGUCGGCGCAUGUAUCCUGAAUUUUGCGAUCUCGUGGAAUCCUUGGCACAAGAAUCAGGCCAAGAAGGGGCCAAGUUUUUAAUGCCGCAACAACAGUCUUCUCAGGAACCACCAUGGAGUGUGGGGUACAUGGCAUCCGGUGGAUUUCUAGCACCGGCAUUUGCAGGAGAUACCGUCGCCACCUGGGCUCCUCCCGAGGAUGGUGGAACUGCUACCUGGCUCGACGAAAUACAAGUCCGAGAGCUGGAACCCAAUUUGCAUCCCGAGGUCGUUGGAGGAUGGUGGUUCCCAGAGGAUGCCAGUGUGGAUGCGAGGCGUCUGACCUGCAGUUUGUACGCUGCUUGCAUUGCCGCGGGUGUCCAGUUUCUGUGUGGCAAGGGAUAUGAAGUGACAUCCGUGGACCUAAACGAUGGAACAUGUCAUGGACUAUGGCUUCAAAAUGGAAAAUAUUUCAAAACCAAAUCAGUGCUAGUGGCCAAUGGUGCCUGGAUGAGGAAUCUGCUGCCAGUGCCCAUUGAGCCUCACAAAGGACAGUCUCUAGCGCUUAAAAUGCCAGCCGAUCGACCACCAAUCCUGCGACGAGUACUCUUUGCUCAAGACUCCUACAUUGUUCCAAAGGCUGAUGGAAACAUUGUCAUUGGUGCCACCGUGGAGGCGGGUAGCUUUGAUGGAAACGUAACGCCAGCAGGUCUUCUACAUAUCCUUACGCAUGCGCUAGAGUUGGUGCCAGGAUUGAAAGAUCUACCUGUGGUAGAAACCUGGGCUGGAUUACGACCCACAACACCCGACAAAGGGCCCAUAAUAGGCAAGUCGCCAUGGAAGAACCUCUUCCUGGCUGGGGGGUACUGGAGAAAUGGAGUCUUGCUUGCACCCAAAACAGCACAGCUCUUGGCUUGUCUCAUGACUGACACUGCAAUGUCAGCUGAUGACGAGGCGUUGCUGGGGGCUUUUUCGUGGGAUCGUUUCACUGCCAAAGGAGGUGGGGCUACAAUGGCCGCAAACGCAAGGUAUGCUGCGUCCAUGCAUCCUAUUCAUUCUCGAGUAUCGGGGGCAGGAGUUGCGGCAGCGGUGGGAACCGAGCUCGGGUCGUACUCAACGGCCAAGGCUGCCAAAGAUGAGCGACAAAAGGACAGAAAGGCCUUGUGGGAAAGUGACAGCGAUGAUGCCUUUGAGCGUGCUGCGGCACUUGGCCAAAGAGAUGCUUUGAGUUUUUCAAUGGACAACGAAAAGAAAGACGCGCCUCCGAGCAAACCGAAACCGCCAUCACCUGUUUUCUUCCCAGAGCCAACAACAGAAGAGAAAGCAAGUAAUGCUCGUCAGGAAACAGCCCAAAACGACCUGGCGUCAAUCUACGAUUCUAUCAAGGAAAACAAAGCCAAACAAGUCGUGUCGCUACCAGAUACUGGUGGUGUUGACACCAGACCUGAUCCGGGCUUUCGAAUCUAUCAUGUUGAUGACGAAACAGGAGAGUCGCGUGAGGUUCCUCCUUAUACAAAACCAGUUGAUUUCUUACAAAGCAUUAGCAAAGAUACAACGUCAACAACCGCAAGCGACUCUGUCCCGGAGAAGAUAUCAAAAAGUUCCGACAAAAACGCCAACAAGGCUACUCCGUCAUCCAAAUCUGACAAAUCAUCGUACAACGAGAAAACUUACGAUGGGUAUCAAGACAUCCUGGUAGCAAACGCCGGGAAAUCCCGCGAGGAAGAAUUGCAAUCAAUGCGGCAAGCCCGCUUCAAGAACCGGCUAGACCAGGAGUCAAUUGACGCUUCUAAGAUUGGCACAAUAACGGAUGAAUUCAAAGAGUUCGAGGAAAGCGAAGAACCUGCUUCUAGCCAAACUGACCUUUCAUCUGCCUACCAGGCUAUCCUGGACAACAAGUCAAAGCAGAAAGUUGAGCUACCGGAUACCAGUGACGUCGAGCAGAGGCCUGAUCCCGGAUUUCGCAUCUUCCAUGUAGACUCUGAGACUGGAGAAUCUAGAGAGGUCCCACCAUACACAAAGCCUGUUGAUUUCUUGCUCUCAUUGGCAGAAGAAAAGGCACCAAAUGCAACAGUUACAGAGGCAACGAUAUCAUCAGAAGGCAUCGACGGUGUCUCAAAGCUUGAAAAUGACGAACACCUCAAUGGUUUGAGCAAGAUCAAUGGUGAUCACUCGGGAAAAGCAGCAAACGAGGAAUACAGUGAGAAAACUUUUGAUGGCUAUCAAGACAUUAUAGAAGCCAACUCUGCCAACACCCGCGAAGAGGAGUUGGAAGCCAUGCGUCGAGCUCGACAAAGUAAUCGUUUGGGCCAGUCCGGCAUUGACGACAGCAAACUCUAA